UUUUGGGGAGGGUGAAGGAGGGACUGAACCCCGCUCGCGACGCUACAACAACACGAGAGAGUCGCCACUGACAUCUACCGGAGGAUCCUCGAACUAGUCCACUUUUGCCAAGUCCGAGAUACCUUCUGCCUAUCAAUAAUGGCUAGAAGUUCCAAAGGCAAGGCUGCCAAGAGAGUCAAGAAGGGCAGAAUUCCACGUUAUGCACCAAAGCUUGAAAAACAGUUGCUAUCAAUUGUCAAAAGAGCUGAGGAGAACAAUGCACUCCCAAAAGUAGUCGGAAGAAUUCCAAAAGUUGAACUCGUUGAGCCAAAGGAGGAGAAGGAUGCAGAGAAGGUUGCAACCAUGGACAAGGUUGAAACCACGGACAAGGUUGAAACCAUGGACACAAACCAGCCAGAGGGGGAAAUUAAGGUUAAGGAAGAAGUAAUGAGUGACGCUGGAAGCAUCAUGGGCACCGACAAGGGACUGAAGGCCGGCUUCAAGAAGCAUUUCACAGUCAGGCAGAUGAGAAAGAGGAAAAUAAACAAAAACAAAGCUAAGAGGCUGAAGGUUGUGAACAAUGCCACAAAAUGUUUGGUGUAUGUGAGCAAAAAGCAGAAAAGGUGAUGUGCAUCUUCUCUAUUCUGGGUUUACACAUUCAUACAACACAUGUUGCUCACAGUUUCAUGAAGCUAGGCGUUUGUCAUAAAUAAUCAUAUUCUUAAAAUAAAAUCAUUUAGUAUA